AUGCUCGGCUGGGCGCUGAAGCGCAGUCUGGGAGGAGGACGCGACGCGCCGGAAGACGCAGACGACACGCAGUUGGAGCAGCCAGACACCCCGGCGCCCGUUUUUGCAGCACGCGCAUUCAAAAGCGCUCUGUUCGGAACGCCAGUACGGCGAGACGACAAUGCCAGGCGGCAGCUUGCGGAGAAACUCAGGGCCAACACCACUGUAGUCUCGAUCGUGCCGCAAGGUUCUUUCGAAGGCCGCACGUCGACAGAUGAGAAUGGCAACAAGAAUGGGCCGGACACAAAAGGCACUCCGCGAAAGCUGGCCGGGAUUCUCCUGACGCCAGGAACGGCAACGUCACGUCGGAAGCGAGUCUCGUUUGGGCGCGAGGUUGAGGCCGGCGAGAACGACAAGAAGAAGGAGCUCAGGAUCGACAGAGACGGGCGCGGGCGCGUGAAUCUGUUUGGCGACUCGGACGUCAAGGCGGCCAGCGAGCGGUCGCGCGCCCGACCACGCUCCAAGCUAGCUCUGGCUCUGGAGAAUGCCCACCGAUCGGGGGCCGAGACACGGAAGGAAGUGAUGGAUGAGCAGACGGAGGAUCUUCAGGCUCGCCUACAACAGGACACACAACAGGCUACGUCCACGACGGCGGCACGGGGGGGCGAGGAGGAGGAGGCUCUUUGGGAGGAGGUGGACGAUGUCGAAUGGGACCCGGAUGUGACAGUCGACCUCAAUGAGCCACACUCGCAGUCAGGACGAUACUGGAAGGCGCAGUUCCAGCGGUAUCAGGAGGACGCCAAGGCGGAGAUGAGCAAGCUGCUCAAGUACAAGCAGCUGGCAAAAUCGUACGCAAAGAUGAAGGACGCGGAGUCGAUGGACCUACACGCGAAGCUCAAGGAGGAGAAGGACAAGGUGGCCAAGAUGGAGAGUCACAUCUCGGAGUUGGCGCGGCAGAUUGCUCGCGGGCGGAUGAAGGGCAGCGACCACGACUACCAGGAGCUGAUCACGGAUCUGACACGGGAGACGGCGCUAGCGGUGCAGUACCGCAACCAAGUUAAGGAGCUGGAGGCGAUGUUGAAGGGCAACGAAGCGGGGAACCUGUUGGGCUAUCAGGAUCCAGAGGACCCGGUGAGCCCGAGCCCGGCGCCCGGACGGCGACGUCACCAGCAAGCGGGAUUGGGGCCGUCGCCUCGCACGCACCGAACGCUGCUGGAGACGCAGCGAGAGCUCCGACGGGCAAGGGACCAGGCGAAGGACCUGGUGCAGGCUAAGGAGGAGGCGCGGCAGCUGAAGAGCGAGCUGCGGGCAGCGGAGCAGCGGGCACGCAAGUACGAGAACGAGAGCAAGGCGCUGGCAGCCGAGCUGGCGUCAGCGGAGGAGACGGUGCAGGCGGCAGAGGCGAAGACGCAGGACCUGGAGAAGCGGGCCAAGUUUGCAGAAGAGGAGCGGCGACGAAAAGACGAGGCACUGCGGCAGCUGCAGCGACGAUACGACUCACUCAAGGACGACGCCAAGGCGCGAGUGGGAGAGGCCGAGCAGGUGCUACGGCGGAAGAACGACGAGAUUGCCGAGCUCAAGGAGAAAGCGGCCCGGAGCGAGGAAGAUAUGGUGGUGAGGACGACAGCACAGACGAUGCGGCGUCACGAGUCGGUACGAGCAUCAAAGCGUCGGACAGCAGAAGCAGAGGACGAUUUCGCGAUCCGACUAGACGACCUGCACGACGACACGAUGGAGGAGCCAGAGCUGCCGCGACAGCGUCUGUUGGGGAGCAACAAGGAAAACGAGUGUCAGCAGGAGCAGCAGGAUACAUUUGCGGCAGCAAGAGCGGUGGCAUCACGACGGCGACCCAAAUCGAUGACGUUUGAAGACAGCGCGGGCGCUGGCGGGCUUCGGCGGCGACGGGGUGCCGAUGCGCUGCGCACGAUUGACCAGCCGCGGGUAGACGAGCGUGUGCGGUCAGCGGCAGCGACGGCGAUGGUAGCAGCCAAACGGUACUCGUAUGCUGGGGGUGACGAGCCAGACAUUGACCUUCUUGGGAACCGGUUUGCGCGUCUAGGCGAGACAGCCGGCGAAGCCGAAACCAAGAGGGAGGAGACGGAGCAGCUCAAACACAGGCAGCAUAUGCACCUGGCGGCGGCAGACACGCCACGGGCUUCGAUAUCAUCGGAGCGCGUGGCGGCAGCUCUGGCAAGGGUGGAGAAGAGGCGGGCAGAGCGGCGACGAACGUUGGCAGACAGCGUGCUGCUGGUGCUGGGUGGUCCUGGUGGCAGCGCCGAUGAAGGGCUUGCAGCGGUCGACCAGGAGAUUGCCGAUCUGGAGGCGCGUCUACGAGCGGCCAAGCAGCGACGGGCAGAGGGAAUGGGUCACUUUUACCUAUUGCUGUCGGACUCGGCGCUGCCACUGGGCUCAUUUGCCUUUAGCAGCGGACUCGAGUCGUUUCUGGCACACAGCAAGACGCAAGGCCAUCGAGCAGGCGAUGCCGCAUCGCUGGACCGGUUCCUUCCGCUGUCCGUGGCAUCGUAUGGCGCAGCCAGCCUGCCGUUUGUGUUGGCAGCGCACGAUGCGGUGGGGGUGACGAAGACGAUGACGACGACCCUCUCUGACAGCCUCGCACAGCUUGACGACAUAUACGACGCCACUAUCAUCUGUACUGUUGGUCGGCGUGCCUCCGUGGCCCAGGGUCGCGCCCUGCUGUCGGUAUGGGAGCGAGCCUUUGCACCGGCGCUGGUGGCGGCCGGCCAGACGGAUCCGCUGCGGCUGUUUGCGCAGCUCGUCAAGGGUACUUCAUCUUCAUCCACUUCCAUCCUCGAUGCUGCUCCGUCUCCUCACCUCCCGCCGCUCUUUGGCGCCGUGGCCGGACUCGCCGGGCUCGACCGCCGCCAGACGGCCGACGUGUUCGUGUUCGCCCACGUCCGGGCACUCGUGUCGGCGGCCGUGCGCGCCAGCCUGAUGGGCCCGUACCAGGCACAGCGGCUGCUCGCAUCAGAGCGCGUGCGCGUGCUCGUGGCCGCGGCCGUCCGUCGGUCGUGGGCCGUGGCCGUCGAGGCUGCCGGACAGACGGCACCGGUCGUGGACCUCUUGAUGGGCCGGCAUGAACUUUUGUACUCGCGGAUCUUCAACAGCUAG